AUGGCCACUAAUUACGAGAACACCGGGCAGGCUUCGACCAACUACAAGGAGGCUUUCAGUCUCUUCGACAAGCGAGGCAACGGCCGCGUAACCCUCGACAGUCUAGGUGACCUCCUGCGCGCCUGUGGCCAGAACCCUACCUUGUCCGAGAUCAGCGACCUGGAGAGAAAUGUCGGUGGUGAUUUUGACUUCGAGACGUUUUCCAAGAUCCUGAACCGACCGGGCGGCUUCCGCGACCCUGGCGAGCCCGACGAGUACUGCCGCGGAUUCCAGGUGUUCGACAAGGACAUGACAGGGUUUAUCGGCGUCGGACAGCUCAAGUACAUCCUGACGAAUCUGGGCGAGAAGAUGACGGACGAGGAGGUGGACGAGCUGCUCAAGGCGGUAGACACCAGCUCUGGACAGGUCAACUACACAGAUCUUGUCCGGACUAUCCUUGCCAACUGA